ACGGCCGGAGAAUUUCGCUAGCAAUCGGUGGCCCAGAAAGAAUUUGCUAAAAAUGAUUCACCGCCAGAUAUCGUCGAUGCCUCGUUCGUCGUUCCCCAUCAUCACCGCCAUGGAUUUCUCCUAGGCUCCCCCAUCCGCUCGGCUCGCUUCCCUCCUCCCCACUCUCUCUGAUCCCGUCGCACUUCCCUCCUCCUCCUCGCCGCCGGCCCCCCUCUACUCGUCCGACUACCGUUUCCUCGUUCCCCCUCUCCCUUUUCGGUCGGCAACGAUCAUCGUCGGCAGCAAUCAUCAGGGCAAGCAAUUCCUCGAUUUCCGCCCCCCGCUCUCAGCUAGCGCAAGAGGAGCGACGCGAUGUCUAUGCCGGAGGCGGGGCAGGCCGCGGAGAGGGAUGAGCAGCAGCAGGCCCAGGUGAUCAAGGCGCUGAUGCAGGGCAUCUGCGCCGUGCGGUACCGCAAGGCCGAUAACACGCCCUGCCCCAUCGCGCAGGGUCUCUACUUGGGAUCUGUUGGAGCAGCAUUCAAUAAGGAGGCUCUCAAGAGCUUGAACAUCACCCAUAUCUUGAUUGUUGCAAGGUCGCUGGACCCAGUAUUUCCAGCUGAAUUCAAUUACAAGAAGAUCGAGGUACUUGACAGCCCAGACACUGAUCUGUUAAAGCAUUCUGAUGAAUGCUUUAGUUUCAUAGAUGAAGCUAUAAGCUCUGGAGGCAAUUGUUUAGUCCAUUGCUUUGCUGGGCGGUCAAGGAGUGUGACAAUCGUUGUUGCAUAUCUCAUGAAGAAGUAUCAAAUGAGCCUCGAAAGUGCCUUGUCGCUAGUUAGAAGUAAACGACCUCAAGUGGCUCCUAAUGAGGGGUUUAUUUCCCAGCUGGAGAAGUUUCAGAAAUCCUUUCAAGUGGAGCAGGAACGGAGAAUGCAAUCUGUGCAGAAUUAACUCAUUAUAUUAUAAUAGGUGUAGAGGCCUUAUAUGUUGUGAAUGCAUAUGCGUUGUCAAGAGCGUCCUGACUGCGUAUUAUGUCAUCUGGAUAACAAGCAAGGCCUUGGCAAACUGGUGGUGGUGGGACUCCACUGCUUUAUGUUGUAAACAGCAAGUGACGUUGUUCCUCCAUUGGGAUGCAGUUUCUCUUCUAAUGGGUAGUAUCAUAUAUAGAGCUGCAAUUAGCACUUCAUGAACUACAACAUCAAGACACUCAAAGAAAAAGCCUGCUCAUGUCACCAAGCUAAACAGACACUAGGAUGAUGGUGCUUGAUCCGGUGUCUCGUAGAUUUGUGCUAUGUAAUCAUGCUUGAUUUUUCAUGUCACUUGUUUUUGUAAACCUGGGUUCCAAAUAUUGUGAAACAUCCUACAAUCUCAAAGUCUUCUUUUUUACAAUGA